AUGUGGGCGGUGCUCGCGGCCCACGGGCACCCGCCAGCUGGAGGCCGUGGAGUUUCUCGGAACGGUUACCCACUCUCCAGUCGAGCGGCUGUGGGCCAGGGUCUCGCGCUGGCCAGGGGGCAGCUGGAGGGCAGCGUGAGCCGGGCGCUGUGCGGGUCCCUGAGGCCUGUGGUGGGCGGGAUGUGGGGCUUCACCCUCGGGAGGGCUGGGUCCAGGGACUGUGGCUCCCGGUCACCCUUUCAGACCCUGGAGUGCCCGUCCCUUGAUGUCCUGGCCCUGCGGGGGCCCCGGGAGCCGGCACCUGUGCUGGAGGGGAGCUCGUGGUCCUGGGCGCUGCCAUGGGAUGAUGGGCCGUCAGGAGAGGAAGGCCCGGGAGGGGCCUCUGUGGGGGCGCUGGGCUCAGGGAUGCAGGGGGUCCCACGGCCCCCCCCCGGGUGGCCCCCUUGUCCAGAGUAA